GUUAAGUUAAGUUGUACUAAGUGUAAUCCAAAGCUUCUUGCUCAUUGAUUUAAGCUCCAACAAAUUUGUUUUCAGAUAGUUUGCUACGAAAUUAGCAUCCUUAAUGUGGGAUUAUCAUAAAAGGUCUCCUCCGAUUCUCGCAAGCAACUCGAGAGACUAUUGGAGCAGCACAGAACGCAGACCACAAUCGCCAGACCAAAUGGAGCCCGAAUUCGCAAGCCAUCCAUCAAGAACAGGUCAAAGUAGUGGUAUUCUGGCACACCGGAUUACAUGCGAGAGGGGCGAGGAUGGAAGAUCUUUCGGUGGAAGAGGGUGGACACCUGAGCUUGAGAGGCGUCAGGAAUCUGACUCUCGAAGGGAUUCAUUCGACGAUUUGACAUCGGCAGGAGAUCGAUAUAUCAACGACAUCCGAGCAUCUGUGACUGGCAGAAACGAUAGCCCUGCACGUAGACGCCCAGUACUCUCCAGAUCUAGAUCGCGAAGCCGAAACAAUGGCAGCCGAGGUGUGUCGAAGAGAUCUCGAAGUCGUUCCCGCAACAGAGGCAGCGAUCGGAGCUCAGUGCGCAGUGAGUCAUCCAGGAAGAGCUCUUCACGUAUAUCUAGGCCUCACAAGUCACGGGAGAGGGAACGGGAGACAUCUGAUGCCUCACUGCUGAUCCCAUCUUACCUGAAACAGACACCUACCAAGACUGUGUUUCUCAAAGAUCUGUCCAAAUAUUGCACAGAAGAAGAUAUUCGUCAAGAAGUGGAAGCAUUUGGAGCUCCUAUCAAGGACAUCACGAUUGAACAGAAGAACAGUUCACGGGGUAGCCGAGAGAGCAGCUCGUCUAGAAGCCGAGGCGCCCCUACAUCUAGCGGGGCAUAUUUGCAGUUUUUGCGCCUCGAAGACGCCCAGAGGUGGAUGGAGCAGUCUCAGGGAAAAUUAAGAGUUUGCGGAGAGUGGGUUGAGAUGUCCUAUUCGGAUCCGAAGUCGUCUCCGGCAACAGUCGGAGCAGCUCGCCGUUCGUCACGAGAAAGAGGCGACUCCUCACGACGUCGGGACAAGCGAAGUCGUUCCUCGAGUCGCAGCAGACGAAAGAAGUCACCGCGUUCGACACGCCGAAGUCGCAGUAAGAGCAAGUCCUUUUCAAGGUCAAGGCGCAAUCGGUCAAGAGAUCGUUCGGCUAGACGAGACAGAGAUGACUAUGAAGACAGAGACAGUGAUCGAGAGAGGUCACGAAGAACACUGGCCAAAGAGUGGGAUUGCUUCAAUUGCAAUGGGCGAAACUACCCAAGACGAAGCGAGUGCUACCGCUGUGCGAUGUCGCGUGAAGAGUCCGAAAGAUCUCUGUCCGACCUCUCUCUUCAGCAAAUUAGCACAAGGCCCACGAAAUACUUGAUUAUCCGUGAGCUUGAUGCUUUGACAUCUGACGAGACCCUACAGAUUACAUUGAGUCGUUUGUCGCCAGUGUUUAUCAAGCAGUCCUACAUCUCGCGUGAUCCAUUACUGCAAGUGUCCAACUGUUAUGCGUAUGUGGAACUUAACAACGAAGCAGACGCGGAGAAGCUGAAGAAUCAUCUGCAGGCCAAGAAUUUCACAGUCGAUAACAAGAAAGUUACUCUCUUUUUCUCCAAGUCAUGUGGAGACGAAACUGUGCGAGGAGUUAAAAACACCAAUCCGCCCAGCCUCUACAACGAACCCAAGGUGACCACAGUAAUCCAAAAACCCAAAGAGGAAGAUCUCACUCACAAUCCUCUUGCUCAACCUGCCUCUGUCCCCACCCAACCUCACUCUCACCUCUAUCCAAGUCAAGUAUCUGCAAGUUCCGUGGCAGCAGCUGCUGCUGCACCACAAGUGACCCGAACUGUGAAUGUCAAUGGCCAGCUUUACCCUGUCUUCCCUGUUCCAAACACUGCACUCUAUGUGUAUGAUGCGAACUCAGGCUACUAUUAUGACCACCAGACUAUGUUAUACUAUGAUGCUAAUACUAAGUAUUACUACAAUUCAACCACGCAGAAGUUCCUCUACUGGGACGGACACUACUCCACUUAUUUGCCACUUCCCACCGACACUCAACAACAACAACAACAGUCAGUUUCAGCCAAUGGGAAUCAAGAUCAGUCGCCGACCAAUCAGAACUCGAGUGGAGACCAAAGUUCUCAGAAAGUGACACUGGACGAUAACAGAGGCAGUGUCAGCUUCACAAUUGGAGGAGGUGCGAAGGGCGGAGAAUCGAAUAAGAAGAAUGAUAAAAACAAAACUGCCAAACAAGUUCGAGAAGACAUGGAACGUUGGACAAAAAGUGUGAAUUCACUUAGAAGAGCAGAGAGCAACCGCGCAUUCCCCGUACAAAAUACAUCUUCCGAACAACCUAAUCUAGCGAGUGGGGCUAACUCCAAUGCGGAGAGUUCGUCAUCGUGGGGCUCGUCCGGAUCCCAACAUACAGGAACUGCCGAUGUUGCGUUUGCUGCGCUGGAACGAAGAAACAUGCUGGAGAUAGGACUGGACAAAAAUUUGAAUGGAAAUAGUGUAGACAACAAUUCCGAAUUCAAACGAGUGCUACUUGAUGCCAAGCCAGCCACAGCUUUGAACCCGAUCGGAACAUUCGGUCACAACGACGACACCUCCGCAAUAUCACAGCCUCAAAACCCAUCUGCCAGUCAGUACUACACCAACCCUAACCCUCCAGCCCCACCGCAGACAUCGAUGAGUCGUCCAGGAGCAGUGAAAGCUACUCUGGCUUCAGAGGAAGUGAGGCUAACAGACUGGGUUAAACUGGCUUGCCUGUUGUGCAAACGGCAGUUCAAAGACAGCGAGACUCUAAUCAAACACCAGAAGAUGUCUGAUCUUCACAAGUCCAAUAUGGAGCAACACAUGAAGAAAAUGGAAUCCUCGGAAGAUGACUCGACCUUUCUUCAAUCGUCCAGUUCAAGUGCAAAUAACCCAAACAACGAAGAUGAAUAUGACUCCUUGUCAUCCAUGUUCCAGUACAGAGACAGAGCGAAAGAGAGACGAGAGAAACAUGGUAUCUCUGCGCCUCCUUUGCGAGAGUACGAGAAGGCUUAUUCUUCGGCGUCAUCAUCGUCCGCAAAGUCGAAACCAGAAGAGCCACUCGGAACCACGAAUGUCGGCAACAAAUUGCUUAAAGGAAUGGGAUGGAAAGAGGGCGAGGGGCUGGGCAAGUCGAAGCAAGGGAUUACGGCACCAAUCAAGGCUUCCGGGCGAGAUUCGAUGGCUGGGCUGGGCGCAGUCAGCUAUACGAGAGACCCUAACAAGAGCUAUGCCGAAAAUGCACGACAUGCUUUACUCAGUCGCGUCAAAGGCGAUACCUGAUAUCUGGUUAUCCUCUCCAAAUUCCUCAAAUGUUGUUAUCUUUGCUCAUUUUAGUAGUGAACUCAAACUCUUUUCGACAUAAAGCUUAUUAAUUUGAAUAGUAUUGCUCGUAAUUAUUGUUUCUAUGAAAACCUUAUCUGUUUAAUUCUUAAGUCAAUUUUGAUGUCUUGAAAUUUAUUCUCAUAUAGA